UCCACACCCGGAACGGUGCGGAAGAUCAAACAGUUCCUACCCGGACGCGCAAUUAGAUGCACACUCAAACAUGGCGGCCAACAUAGAGCAAAUUUUCCAAGACUUUAUAUUGAAUAAAAUAAGAGAAAUUGAAGACCAGAAUGAAGACAAAGCCGCUUCUGAAGGACUUGGUGCUGGCAGCAAAGCGGUUGGAGCGGAGGAAGCCGCUUCAGAGACCAACAAGACGGAAGAUUUAAGGAGCGGAAGUUCACAAAAGAAACAAAAGAAGCACAAAAAGCACAAAAGUAAGAAGAAGAAGAGGAACCGAGAGAAGGAGAGCAGUUCCGAGUCUGAGGCGGAAUUGGAGGGAGGAGCCAAACAUCUGCAAAGAAGAGGAACGCCAGCGGAGGAGAAUAUGGAGCAAGGUGAGGAUAAUGAGAGUAAGUCCAGAUGCCACAAGCGGCACUCAACAGGAAAGAAGAAGAAGAAAAAGAAGAGAAGAAGGAGAGGCGAAGAGAACUCGUCAGAUUGCGACUCAGAGUUUGUGUUAAAACAGAGGGACAGUAAAUGUGGCCAAAGCUUAUCACCAAGUCGACGAGUGGAGUUGCCUGAUAUUAUCCCAAAACAGGACAGCUCCAACAAAGGAAGAGGAGAUGAGGAAAGACAUAGGAGGAGUUGUCGUUCCCGCUCACGGUCACAUUCCUAUUCUCAUUCACAUUCCUGCUCAUCGAGGAGGAACUCUCGAUCUUGUUCUCGACACCAUAGCCGAAGAUCUAGGACUCGCUCCCUAUCCAGUUCACAGCACCUCAGGACUCGGUCCAGAUCCUCGGAGAAGGGCGGCGCUUUGGAUGAAUCCAACCAAUCCAACCAAUCGCCAUCGAAAGGCCUCCAAUUGUGUCCGCUGGCCUCCAGCCCUACCAAUGCAGUGGAGCUAACGGAGUCAGUGACCAGGCUGCAGAGUCCUGAAAAGGCAUCCAAGAAAAAAGAAUUACAAGCAGAGGACACAACACAACAACUAGGUUCUGGCACAUCCUGUUCCGUGCUGAACCAGUCUGUUUCUACCGAACCUGAUCACGCCACCAAGCCCAAUUUACCUCAGCACAGAACACCGGAAUACAACAGGUCCUUUCCCACCACCACCACAACCAGUAAAUCACCUGCAAAGAAGAAGAGGAAACCAUCAAAGUCCCCGCAGAGGAAAAAGGAAGCAAAGUCAUCAAAGAGGCAUAAAAGAUCCAAGUCACCAUGUCGGAGUCACAGGAGAGAAUCCAGAUCCAGGAGCCCUUCAAAGAAGAAGAGAUCAAGGUCAGGUGACCGGAGACCGAGGAGGUCACGCUCACGGUCGGUGUCCCGCGGUCCAAGGAGGGCUACAUACAGCCAGAGGGACCGCUGGAAACGAGAGCCGAGUCACUCCCCUGUACUCAUCCUCCGCAAAAAUAGGUCACCCAACCGAAAACACUGCAGUUCCAGCAACAGCCCUCAGCGCAUCAGUGACCUGGACAAGGACCAGUUGUUAGAAAUUGCAAAGGCCAAUGCUGCUGCCAUGUGUGCCAAAGCAGGAAUGCCCAUCCCUGCCAGUCUGAGGUCUGCAGUGCUUCCCCUGGCUCUGCCAAGUAUGGCCAUGAAUGCUGCCAUGGCCAGUAUGACUGCUGCCACCAUGACGGCAGCUUUGUCUAACAUGGGAACUCUGUCUUCACUGCUCCCGCUGCCCUCCAUUACCAACAAGCCACCUCCUGUCCCUACUCAACCUAAUAUUUCUGCUUUGGACGAAGUGAAGAGGAAAGUAGCAAAGCAGGCCAACAGCAUCAGUAUUAAGGAGUUUACUGAUAAAUGCAAGAUGAUUGUGGACAGUAAAGGAGAGCUGCCAGUAGCAGUGCCUCAUGUUUCAGAUGAAGAGGAUGAUGGAAAACCCUUUGGAGGAUCAGCUCUUCGGGAACAAAAAGCCAUCAGCUUCAGCAUCAAUAACACGAUGGUUCGUCCAGCAGUGCGUAGUGAUGCGGGCAUGGCCAAGGAAUUUCCUGUGUCUUCAGGAUCCCAGCAUCGCAAGAAGGAGGGCGAGACACUGGGUGCCUAUGGAGAAUGGGUUCCGGUUGACAAAGCAGCAGACAAAGCUGCAGCUACCUCCAGGAAGGCCUUGACCACUGUUCCCAUAGCGACAGCCACCUUAUCAUCAGGUGAAACAGUGACAGCACCAAGGUUACCAGAGGUUGUCGUACAGCCAGCGUUUGUGCCUGAUACUGAUAAUGUUUUUCCUGAUCCAGUACUGCAGCCAGUAGAUAUCUCUCAGGCUGUAACUGAGAGAAUCAAAGCUCAGAGGCGAUUGGCUGAGAACCCCUAUGACGUCAGUGCUAUUUGCAUGCUCAGCCGAGCACAGGAGCAGGUAGAUGCGUGGGCACAGUCCAACACGGUUCCUGGUCUUUUCACUGGCUCAACAGGAGCGCAGGUCCUCAGCUCAGAGGAGCUGUCCACCAGCGGACCACAAGCGUGGCUGAAGAAGGACCAGUUCCUCAGGGCAGCUCCGGUGUCUGGGGGUGUCGGAGAGUUCCUGAUGAGAAAGAUGGGCUGGAAGACAGGAGAGGGCCUGGGGAGGAACCGCGAGGGAACUGUGGAGCCAAUCAUUAUUGACUUCAAGGUCGACCGUAAAGGGCUAGUUGCUGAAGGGGAGAAACCACAGAAGCAGACAGGAGGACUGGUGGUAACUAAGGAUCUAAUGGGGAAGCACCCGGUGUCUGCUCUCAUCGAGUUGUGUAACAAAAGACGGAUAAUGCAGCCGGACUUUGUCAUGGUUCACCACAGUGGUCCUGACCACCGCAAGAAUUUUCUUUUCAAGGUCACAGUGAAUGGUGUGGACUACCAGCCCCAGACUGCCAGUCCCAAUAAGAAACAUGCCAAGGCCAUGGCAGCUACAGUUGCGCUGCAGGCUCUGGGAGAGGUUCCUGUUGAUGGACCAGGACUUUAUACUGGUCCUGUCUUCACUGCUGCUUCUACCGGCCCCCUGUUCUCUACAUAGACAUACACACAAUAGUGGGACUGUAAUAUUUUACAUAUUUCAACUGUUCAUUUGUAAAAAAAAACCCAAAAAAACAAAAAACAAAAACUGGUCUUAUCACAUCAUUGCCACUCUGAUGGCUUAUUUAUAUACUAAGAAAGUAAUUGAUACUCUAGAUACACAACAGUGAGAACCAUGAAGAGUAUUCAGGCUUCAGAUGACACAGUAUAUUUGUAUUUAAGGUACUUGUGACUGAUUUUAUAGCCACAAAAUCACACUUUUUUUUUGUUUUUAGUCACUAGGCUCAUGACAGCAUGGCAAAUAUUAUUUUGCCAGGUUGUUAAGAUUGGGAAAGAGUCUCAGUCAUGUUAAAAGUCGGUGGCAUAGUGUUACAUAUGUAUGUAUGUAUGUAUAUAUGUGUGUAUGCAUGUGUGUAUGUAGGUAUGUAAGUAUGAAAGAAUGAAUGAUAUCGUAGCAUUUCAGCCUGAGCUGAUCAGUACUUGGUUAACACCAGUUCUGAGUUUCUUAGCAAUGGAUUUAUUGUUGGUCACAGCUAAGCUGGACAAUGAUUAAUGAAAAGUUAAUAUGUAAAUGAAUGUGUUUUGUUGGUUGGCAUUCAUUCUGUUGGUCCUGACAUUACAUGUGUGGCCUGGCCUCCUCCUAUGAAAAUUCUCAUUAAAGAGGCUUUUUUUUAUAUUAUGGAAACAACCUUCUAAAAAUGUGUAAACGGAAAAUAAAGAUUCUAUUUAUGUUAUGUAG